UCAUUUCCCUGCAAGGAAUCUUAUUCAAAGACCUCAAAAUGAAAUUACCACCACUAAAUUCACUAUAAAUAUUGACCAACUAAAGAGCCUCUCCACAAACCACCGAUCAAAAUUGCAGUUGAUUCAUACAAAGAUUCAAACAUGAGGGUGACACCAGUUUUAUGUUUCUUUCUUUUGUCGCUCAUUGUUCUCAUGUAUUCAGCUUAUGGAAGUUCACUCGGUGCAGAAUCACAUUCACAAAAGCAGCCUAAGGUCAUGUAUGGUAUGAUCAACAGAUCAGGCAAACAAGACAAUCAAAGAAGAUAUCCAGCAUUGCAUGUUGUCCGACACAGAACAACUAUGAAGAGAGCCAAGGCAGUCUAUGGCGGUGCAAAUGACAUAAGGCAUCCGCGCAGGAGCAGUGCUCCCUCCUUGUCAAUCAAAAACUCAUCCUUGUUCAUGGCAGCCUUCAGGGAUCUCAUUUUUGGACUGCUACUUGCUUUCUGCUUCUAUUGAAAUCUCACUGAAUGUUCAUCAUAAAAGAAUCUACAGGCUCCAAACUGAAAAGCUAUUAUAUACGGUGCUACCGUCCUAAUUUUCAGUUGUUAUACCCUUGCUCUAAGCUUGUGCUCUGCAACUAAAUUUGAGUGCUAAUGGUGUAAACUAUCCUUCUGAUAUAAAUUUUUACCCUUUUUUCCCUCUUGAACAAA